AUGGAGACGGUCAGAGGGUGGUACCAGACAUGGUGCGACUUCCCCCAACCAAAGAAGGUGAAAAUCAUCAAAGGGGCUGCUUUUGUGUGCUUUUCCUUUUUCCUGCUCUUUCUGGUGAUUUACGCAUUUGGUGGCACGGGUAAGAAGUCAAAGACGCUUACCCCAACAGUCGUUUUCAUGGAGGCGAUGCCGGCAGACUUGCAGACGCUGCGGUAUCUCGCGCAACGCAGGGAUGUUUCCAUCGGCAUGGUGAUCUUGACGGUGAGCGGCUCUUCAAAAACGAAGGCUACACGAAAACGUUCCCGAUCUACUACGGUAACAGCGUUGCGGCCGCCGAUGAGGCUUUUUUCCAACGUGUCCUUCACCGCGGGCGUCCCCGUUCCGGCGUCAACGACGUCUUGCACCUAUCGCCGCGUGUUCACCGAGACGCUCUCCACGAACGCCCAGCGUCUGUUCAACGGCGCAGCUCUUCUCGACCUUGUCGACGUGCAGAGCCCGCAGUCACGUCUCACGUACUAUGACGCACCACUGAGCGAUUACCUGUCGUCGAGGCAAGCCAACUUUCUUGUCCUGGGCCCCGCCACCGACGCAGCAGCUUUUCUUCAGAAUCACCCUCAGCGUAGGAGUCAAGUAGUGCGCAUUGUGAUGGGAGGCGGCGCCCUUAUCGGACUAGGCGACGUGCAGUAUCUCUAUCCCGACAACCGUUCCACCUCACCGACCACCGAGGCUGAAGUCACCUCGGCUAACGUCGUAGGGUGUCCCGCGGGCUACUACAACCAGGUAGGGUCGAGCACCAAACCUGUUUCCUUAGCGUUGCUGGCGGGUUCGCUGCUGGCGGACGCGUACUUGCAGGACGGCUCCACCGUGUCGAGCGUUCCCGUGAACGUGAUCGCCAAAGGUAACCUUGAUGUCGAUGGAAGGUCAUAUCGCCCGCCAUCCGGUGAUCUUACCGUCAACGUUGUGUUGAGCGUCAACCAGGACACGUUCUCCUCACACCUCCUGCGCGUCGAUGCGCUUUCGUUCGAGUAA